UAUCCAUAACAUUUCAAGAGAAAUUCAAGGAUAAAACCAAUUUCUUUCUCUUUUUUUUUUUUUAAAUUAUUACUAUCGUUAUCUUUUAUCAAUUAAUCUUUCCGCGGAAGGAAGAAAAGAAAAAAGAAAAAGCAAAUUUUCAUUUCGAAGCUGUGGAGGAGAGGAUCAAUUCAUGUCUGAGGCCUUGUUGAAUAAAUGUUCGGGUGCUUAAGGUGGAGGUUGAGACAAUGGUGUUGGUGACCCAUCAAUUGCAGGGUUCCUAUGUAGCAUUUCCUUCAAGGCCUUUAUCAUGGAGCAAAGGAUUGGCAUUAAGGCGACAUGUAGUUGCACUUCAUAUGCUUGGGAGGAGAGAGAGGGGCAUAUCAUUAAAGCACAACGUUUGUUUAAGUACAGGGGCUCCUCGUACUCGUGGAUUGAAAGCCAAGAAUAUUAGAAUUUCAGCCUUCAAAGGCAGUGCCCAGAGUAAUGAAUCAGGUGGCAGAGCAAAUGAUGCAAGUGUUCCCAAGAAUUCUAUUAAAGUUUCUUAUGUUCCAAAAGACGGUGAAGAGACCACGAUAGAAUCUUCAAAGACUCAUAAUGGUCAACUUGCCUAUGCCUCGGAAACAAGUGAGACCAUUGUGGGAUCCCCUGCUAUUCAGAAAUUAUUUAAGAAAUGGAUAAUGAUAUUGCGCUCACAAUCCCCAAGUCAAGUGAUGGAUGAAGCUCUUGGAGAAGGACUACCUCCAAGGGACACAUCAGAAACUCAAGUUGGCACCCAAAGCAAUAGACAAAGCGAGUUUCUAAAGAUAGUUUGGAGCCAUUUCUGGAGUAUGGAUGCUACGAUUAAAAUACCCUUAUUGAUAUUCGUUCCAUGGUAUCUGGCUGUCAGUUUGAUUUAUGGGGCUGAAGUUUCAAAGGAGUUGACUCCUCUCUGGGUAUUUGGGCCUCUGAUUGUUGCUCUUUACAUCAAGAUGCUUAGAGGCUUGUGUGCGCUCUAUGUUUUCUGCUUCAAACAGACGGUUCAGAUAAUUAGGAACUUACCUACUUACUACCUCCUGGCCUAUAAUUAUAUUGCACGUGGAAAGCUCAAGGAAGAUGUACGAGCUCGUUUCUGGCAACCUGUGGUAGACUUGAAGAACUUGGACUACAAGGAGCUAUCUAGAAGAAAGAUGAAAGAUUUCCAAGAGUGGGCGAUGGAGAAGUACCUGGACUUCGUGGAAUCAAUAUGGCCAUAUUAUUGCAGAACCAUCCGGUUCCUAAAGAGAGCAAAUCUCAUUUAGAUUUGGAGAUUCUGAUCUGAGGAAAGUCGUAGGUGAGGAUAAAGGAGUGGAUUUAGAGUUUGAUAUUAAAAUGUUUCAAAGGUUGAAAAUUUUGGAGCAGAGGUAGCAAACCCCAUUUUGUACUGGGGUGAUUCUUAAUAUCUUGGAGUUGAAAAAGGAUUGAAACUGUCAGAUUUAUGUAAUUUUUGUAAUGAAAUGAUUUUAUUCUUACCCGAAGCUGUAGCUGUUUUGUUCA